CUCACCAUGAGUGACACCUCCUCCAUCAACUCAGAGAAGCGCGAGCAGGAGUACCAUCCUGAAGCGCUUCCAGCCGCAUCCAUGCAGAGAACAAGAACCAACCACACCAUGCGGUCCGUGCAAUCGGAACGUGCCAUUGAGAAGAUUGUGUCCGAAUUACAAGAAGGCCUGGGUGCUCUCGGGCCCUUGGAAGAACCAUUGGAUAUCAAGAAGACCCUCACCCACCCGGACACCCACUCGGUGCCCCACCCAGAGGACCCUUGGGGGUACCUUGUCGAUGUGGACACCCAGUUACGUAUCGUGCAAUUUGUUGAAGGAGACGUCGAAAACCCCAUGAACAAGUCCGCUGGAAUCAAAUGGGUCUACACCUUCUUGCUAGGAAUCAUUUGCUUUGUCGUGGCCCUUGGGUCUGCCAUGGUCACCGGUGACUUGGAAGGUCCAAGACACACCCUUGGGGUCAGUGAAGAGAUCAUCAUCUUGGCCUCUGUCACGAUGUUUGUGCUUGGGUUCGGGAUCGGGCCCGUCAUCUUUGCGCCAAUCUCCGAGGAAAUUGGCCGUAAGCCCAUCUAUGUGUCCACCUUGGGCAUUGCUGUCAUCUUCAUCAUCCCCUGUGCUGUGGCCAACAACAUCGCCACCAUGAUUGUUUGUAGACUCAUUGAUGGGAUCGCCUUCUCGGCACCCAUGUGUUUAAUUGGAGGCUCUCUCGCCGAUAUUUGGGAAGCCAAGGAUAGAGGUGCAGCCAUGGCGGUUUUCUCUGCUGCUCCCUUCUUGGGCCCCGUCAUGGGACCAAUCUUUGGUGGGUUACUUGGAGACUUUGCCCCCACUUGGAGAUGGAUCUACUGGGCUUUCCUCAUCAUUGCUGGCUUCUUCUAUGUCAUUUUCGUGCUUGUAGUUCCCGAAACCCACCAUGCCACCAUCCUCAGAAAGAGAGUCAAGCACUUGCGUAAGAUCACCGGUGACGACUCCUACAUCGCCGUGGCCGACCUCAAGGUCCGUACCUUUGCCAAGGUUGCCGAGGAGUCCCUCCUCCGUCCAUUCGUCUUGCUCAAGGAACUCAUUGUCUUCUUGAUCACCUUGUACAUGUCUGUCAUCUACGGUUUGCUCUACAUGUUCUUCUUUGCCUACCCAAUCGUCUACAUGGAAGGGAAGGGCUGGUCUGCGUCCAAGACCGGGAUCAUGUUCAUCCCUAUCGGGGUUGGGGUCAUCAUCUCCUCUGCCAUUGCACCAUUGGUCAACAAGGACUACAACAGAAGAGCCCAAGAGUACCGUGAUCGUGGCGAGCUCCCUCCAGCAGAACUCCGUCUUAUCCCCAUGAUGUACGCCUGUUGGUGUAUCCCAGCGGGGCUCUUCGCCUUUGCCUGGUCCUCGUACGAACACAUCUCCUGGGCCGGUCCAUGUUUCAGUGGAUUGGCCUGUGGUUUUGGAUUCACCAGUUUGUAUAACCCGGCCAACAACUACAUUGUCGACUCGUACCAACACUACGCCGCCUCUGCCUUGGCCGCAAAGACCUUUGUCCGUUCCAUCUGGGGUGCCUGUGUCCCCCUUUUCACCAUCCAGAUGUACCACCGUUUGGGCUACGAAUGGGCCACCUCCUUGAUGGCCUUCAUCUCCUUGGCCUGUUGUGCCAUCCCCUACAUGUUCUACAUCUACGGUGCCAGAAUCAGAACCUUCUCCAAGUACGCCUACGCCCCGGAGAUGGACACCAAGAGAGAUGUGGAGACCCAGAAGUAG